AUGAACACACCUGCAAACUUCACAGAGGGAGAAGUCUACCAGGCAUAUUUCAACCCUAGAGACUACUUGGAAACAUGGUACAACUUUGGCAGUCUUUCCAAUAAGAACAGUCUUAUGAUAUCAGUCCUGAGAAACCUGCACAAGGUGUUCUCUGCAGGUGAUGUGAAGGAUGACAUCCUGAUAGAUAUUGGCAGUAGCCCCACCAUUUACCAGCUCCUUUCUGCCUGGGAGAAGUUUAACAAGAUCAUCAUUUCGGACUAUCUGAACUGGAACCACCAGGAGCUGGAAUGGCUGAAGGAGCUGGGAGCAUUGGACUUGACCCCGGCAGUGAAAUACGUGUGCGAACUGCAGGGACAGAAGGAAAAGUGGGCUGAGAAGGAAGAGAAACUGAGGAAGAAAGUGAAGCAGGUUCUGAAAUGCGAUGUGAGGAAACGCAGCCCUCUGGCCCCCGUGACACUGCCCAUGGCUGACUGCCUGCUCUCCAUGCUGUGCUUGGAAGCUGUCUGCAAAGACCUGGCCACCUUUCGUGCAGCCGUGAAGAACAUCAGCUCCCUGGUGAAGCCGGGGGGACACCUGGUGUUAAAUACAGUUCUGAAAGGAACCUACUACUUGGUUGGGCAGCACAACUUCUCCUGCCUGGGCCUGGACCAGGAGUCAGUGGAGGCAGCUGUAAGAGAUGCUGGGUGUGUCAUUGAGCACAUCCAAGAGGUUCCAGAACCUGCUCCUCUGAAACCAUCUCAGAUUACACUGACCUGCCCCAUUACCAUCCUGAUACAGCACUGUUGUGUCUCUGAGCUUUCAGUUACAACCAGUGGAACCAUGUUUUCCAAGAAGGCCAGACUAAACAUGCCUUGCUCAGAAAACUGGGAACAGAAGAAGCAGGUGGUUUCAGAUAUCAAGGAUCUCAUGUCUUCUCAAGUGACAGAUGCAAAGAUAACAACCAUCAGAACAAUGGGAGUGAUGGACCUGACCAAAGAUGCACACCUCUAUGACAGCUUGGAGACAGCCAAACCAGACUCAACCAAUAGCAUGACCCCUGUUGCAGAAUCACGAUCGAAUCUAAAGGACACAAAUAAAGCACAUACAAUGCUGGAGAAGUUUGAAGAGAUGGUGAAUCUCUAUUUUCCCAUGCCUGGUGAAAUGGUUAAACCCACAGCAUUAGCAGACAGGCAUGGAAUAGCCUCCGUUCAAAAGCAAGAAGAUUAUAGCAGUCACCUACUUGUGUAUUUGCGAACCAUAAUGAUCAAAUUCCAGCAAUAUGCUUGCCAGUGUUCCCAGGGAAAGGUGAAAGAUGCCAGCCAAAGAGUGUGGGAGGCUCUUCAAACCAGUUGCUUGCUGCUGAAGCAUUGGAUCAUAGCUCUGAUUCAUCCUAUCACCCAUCUUCUGAAGAGCACGUACCUAGGCCUACUGUUAAGCAUAGAAGAGUUCCCCAUCAAUUUUCAGGGCGAAGUGCAGCAAGUUUCUAAUGCCAUGGAGAUGCUUCAAGCUUCAUUCUCUUUUUCUGAUUCCUUCCUGGAUUUGCCUAGAAGAAUCCUUUCCCCAGCGUGGAAGAGACUGAUCAAGAAGUAUGAGAGUUUAAGUGAGCUUCAAGAGAAUGUGGUGUACAAUGCACCCUGGUCUUGGUUUGUGGCACCCUUCAAAACCUUAAGAGGUAGAACAUAAGCAGACUUCACAUAAACAGAUAUGGAUAAGAAAGUGCAGAUGCCAAACAAGGAAACCAUUUAGACUGUGGAAAUUUAGAAACAGUUGAGAAACAGGACUAGAACUCUUGAGUUUUGUGAA